AUGGAUGCGACAUCGUUGCCGCCAGCAUGCGGUGAGGUAACGGAGAUACCAGGCAUCCCGUCGAUCGGGUGUGUGGCAGUCCUGGAGUACCAAAUGGGAAGUCUCGCCGGGUUUUCUUGCUGCGUUGUCGCUUCAAGGGAAGAGGUGUACCUAUUGGGACCAGACUUAAGCGUGCGUGAUGGCUCACUCACCUCAGUGCAGCUGUGGCGACCGCAUAUGGAGGCGAAAGUGGCUCGACUGAACUCACUUGUGGCGUUUUUUUUGUCUCCUACGGCGCACGAAACGCCUAAUAUUUCUAGUAAGCAGAAGAAUUGUGCAGAGGCUGAUGAAGUAUGUGCUAUAGUUGCGUGGGAGGACGAUGGUGGGCGGCGGCAGCAGCAUCUCACAGCUCUUUUUUUCCCUUUGUUGCAGGCGCUUUCCACCUCACAGAAUGCUCCCGUUAGGUCUAUUGAGACACAAUUUCUUCAUGAACGAAACCAACAACGUGUGUUGCGUCUUUUUUAUCAUCCAUCAUUCGUUACCGGCUCCUGCAAAGGCAAACAUGUUGUGCUCUGCAGUGGCUAUGAUGAAACCGUGCGGAAAGAUGCUUGUCUUACGCUUAGUGAAGAGCAUCAGCGCCACAUUCUUACACCGGGAGAUCCACGUGGGGACGUAUCAGGAAUGUUUUCAUUUGUCCUCUGUAACGCGGUGAUAGAGAAGAACACCUACAGGUGGGAUGUCAUCUGGACUGCCAAGGCUCCCGCGUGGGUUGCCCCGUGGAUAGAACAACCUCUCUCCGAUGGUGUUGUCUGUGCUCUUGCGGUUCAGCAGGAGGAGUCUUCUGUUGUUGCAGCGGUUGGAACAACAAAUGGUCACUUGCAUAUUUUGCACUCUGACUGCAGCCAUGUUUCUUACCGUUUUGGUGGUCCCAUUUCGGAUCUUGCGUUUGUGAACACUCAGUGUAACAAAGGUGAGGAGCGGCAUCGUAUUGGGGUAGUCACGGAGCUGGUACAUCGGCAAGAGGCAAAGACAUCCUUGAACUUAAAUAACACGCCGGAAGCAGUUGUGGAAGACGAUGCGCCGACGUGUCUUGUUAUUCUUGACAGUUUGGGUCGUGUUAUUGUUCUUCGGGACUUUACAGGGGGGACGGAAUCGGUACAAGUUGUUCCAGAUAUUCAACAUUUCAUCACUCUUGCAGAGCACCGAGCCCCCUGCUCAAGCAGCAGCUCCGCCAUCGAAGGACCCGCCAGUGCGCGCUCAGUCACCGUCGGCUUAAAGAGGUUUUCUGACAUUUCGUCUCUUCGCCACGUCUUCAACCGGCGGAGACCGAAAGAGGCCCAAAGCGAUGUACAGAACACCACGGCGGACCCCACAUCCAUACAACAAAUUGGAACUAUGAGGCAAUCAGAGAAUGAGAAUGGCAUGUUUGCUGGUCAUAUUUUAAGUCGCGGUCUUUUCAGUCUUACGUCUUUGCUUGGACCAAGAGGCUAUGCAGAGUUGGUGGUGAGUACCAUGGGUCGGUCCCUCGUCUCAAUUCCAUUUGAUAAAAAUGAGGGUGCCUUUUCAAUUGCAGGAUUUAUUGAGGCUCCGGAAGCGAUGCUUUUCGUUGGUUUUGUUGAUUUUUUAAAUACGGGGGUGGCGGAACUGUUGAUGGCCGGGAAGCGCCAUGUGUUAGUUGCAAGGCGAUCGCGCCACCAACAGAAAACAAAGGCAGCCCUGCUUCUGCAACUGUUGGAGAGGCAAAAGAUGCAUAAGUUUGCAUCAGGAGAUACGUUAUUGGGGAGUGACGAGUUUAUAUCAUGA